AUGGUUCCACAAAAUAUGCUGGAGAAGGCAAAAAAUGAAAAUAAUAAUAAUAGUAAUAGUAAUAAUAAUAAUAGUAAUAAUAAUAAUAAUAAAAACAACAACAACAACAACAGCAACAACAACAAUAACAGAAACCACAACAACAACAACAAUAACAGAAAAAACAACAACAGCAACAACAAUAACAGAAACCACAACAACAACAACAGCAACAAUAACAACAACAACAGUAACAAAAACAAUAAUAAUGAUAACAACAACAACAACAACAACAACAACAACAACAACAACAACAACAACAACAACAACAACAACAACAACAAUAACAAUAAUAAUAAACCAAUUAGCUAG